AUGAGCACAGGAGGUGAGCGCGCCCACCGCCCAGGACCGUACGUACGCUCGCUCCUAACCGGCAGACCGGUGGGCCCAGCGCGCGGGUGCGGGUGCGGCCGCGCGUGCCGCAGGCUCGCGGCGCGCGGGGGUGACAGGACGACCUGGACGAGGCGUCCGUCCGUGCUCCUGGGCCCUGGCUCUGGCUCGGUGCGGUAGGGCUGGCGUCACGCGGCGCCUGCAGGUGCAGGAGGCAGGGGAGGGGGGUAGACGAGACGAGACGAGCGAGACCAGUCGCGGCGCCGGGCGCGGGGGCCCCGCAAGGCGUCGAAUCGCGCGGCGGCUGGGCUGAUUCAAUGACGCCGUGCGCCCAGGCGGGGUGCGGUCAGCGACAGCCUCAAAGCCAGCCGCAGCAGCAGCCCCAGGCCCGGAGACCUACCCCUCCCCGUUUCACGAGGCGCGGCCAUUAGUAAGCGCAGCCGCGGCCAGCCAGCCACCGCGCCCACGGCCACCGCGGCACCGCCCGGCAGUAUAAGAGCUGCCCCUGCCGUGCUGCUGCCGAGACCACGGAGCAAGCGAGCUGCUGCUGCUGCUGCUGCGCGGCCAACCUCGGAGUGGGUGAGAAAGACUGUGUGUGCUAGGGACCGUGGCGGUGGGUAUGCAGAUGGAGUGGGACAUGAGAGGAGGCGGCGGCGGCGGCGGUGUCGGGGUCGGGGUCGCGGUCGGUGGUGGGGCGAGGGCGGGCGGCCUCGCUGCUGCCGGAGGCGUUGUCGUCGGGGGAGGGGACCAGCACCAUCACCAGCAGCAGCACCACCACCAGCAGCGCGUGGAGGCGCACUACCGCGGGGUGCGGAAGCGGCCGUGGGGCCGAUACGCGGCGGAGAUCCGCGACCCGUGGCGGAAGACGCGUGUGUGGCUCGGCACCUACGACUCGCCCGUCGAGGCUGCCAUGGCCUACGACCGCGCCGCCGCCGCGCUGCGGGGCCCCAAGGCGAGGCUCAACUUCGGCGGCGGCGGUGGCUGCGGGCGCGCCCGCGACGGCGCGCCGGCCUACCACCCGCGCGUGCCGCUGCAGGCGCGCUGCCAGCUGUUCGCCGCCGGCCUCGACGCGGGCCGCCCGUCCCCCUCCCCCUGGCCGCACGUCGUCUGCUUCCCGCCGCCCGUGCUGCACCAGACCGCGGCGCCGCCGGCGUGGCAGCCCCUCCUCGCCGCGGACGUCGCCGCCGCGCAGCCGUCGACGGCGCUGGAGCUCCGGACGGGGCCCCCGGCCCUCCCGUUCGACCUCAACGAGCCGCCGUCGAACGGGAGCUAGCAGCGGAGGUCGUCGUCUCCAUGGACGCGCGUGGAGCUAGCAGUAGAGGUAGAUCGGUACUGUGCCAAGCGCGGGAUCAUGGUCGUGGAUCGUGGGACGCGGUCGUUAGGAAGGAUCGGUGAGGCUAAUCAACAAGGAGGGGCGGGCGAGGGGAGACCAAUGGGUCCGGUCCGGUUGUACAUAUACCUAUUUAAGGCUGCCCGCAGCGGGGCUUUGUAUGUGGUA